GAUUUUAUUUUGGGUACCGGCAACCUCCCCCUCGGGGUGCCAGGCCCGUGGCGCAGCAGGACAGCACCGAGCAGGCACUGCUGGACGGGCUGCCGGCCGCCGCGGGCCCGCGACAGGCUGCAGCAAUGCUCACCUCGGCUGCCUCCGUGGCCCCUGAGAUGGCUGGCCGGUGCCCCCCGGGGCGCCCGGGACCCCCCCCGCCGCUGCCGCCCAAGCCCGGGAAGGACAACCUGCGUCUGCAGAAGCUCCUGAGGAAGGCAGCCCAGAAGAGGAUGAGCAGGGACGGGGCGCCUGCCCCGCCCGGGGCCCUCCGCACCUCCUUAUCCCCUGUGAGCGAGGCCAGCCACGACCAGGAGACCCUGGCCCCGCGCCCCGCGGAGGCGCCACGGGCGGUGGCCACCCUGCCCUGCUCCCCCCACCCCCGCGUCAUCCACCACGUGGCGUCCCCCCUGCAGAGGUCCACGUUCUCCUUCAGCCUCACCCAGCGCGGGAGCCUGGCUUCGCACUUCGCACCCGCGGGGCCCCGGCUCGCGGCCCCGGUCCCAGAACCCGCCCAGUCCCCCUGCGGCCGUGCCCAGGUCUCAGGCCCCACAGCGAGGCGCACCCACGUCAGCCGGGUGCACUUCCGGCGGGCCCCGUCCCCGCAGGCCGGGACCCCUGAGCCCUCCCCGACGGCCCCGGAUGGCGGGCCUGGCGACCAGGACCGGGACACGGCCCUCUGCCCUCCCGGGGCUCAGCGCCCGCUGCCUGUGGCCCACGCCCACUCGCUGCCCGCCAGGGCCCAGGCCACCAGCCCUCAGCACGACGAGCCCUCUGUGCCCAGGCCGGCCCCCGGCUUCCAGGCCUCGGUGCCCAGAGAGGCCAGCAGCCGGCCGGGGGUGUCCAUUGCCCCCACCUACCGCUCCCCAGGACCCUCGCCCUACAGGCCGGCCCCUGUGGCCCCCAAAGCUGGACACCGGGAGGAGCCCCCCCCGGCCGGCCCUGCCGCGGAGGCCGAGCAGGUCUCCAGCCCCCGCGAGGCCUCGUCCCCUGCCCCACCGUCAGGCCCCCACCCGUGCCCUGUCCCCGGAGUCGCACCCAAGCCCCAGCUCGGCGGCUGGACGCGCCUCAAGAAGCAGCUGCUAGAAGAGGCCCCCUUCCCGGGGCCAGAGCCGGGCCCGGGGCAUGCGGAGCGGGGAGCGACAGCCCCCGCUGUCUCGGCGCCCCGGCCGGCCCCCGCCUCCCGGGCCUCCAGGAUGUGGGACGCAGUGCUGCACCGCGUGUCAGUGGCCGAGUCCCGCGGCGGCCAGGUGGGGCCCCGGGAUGGGGUGCACGCCCUGCCCGGCCUCAGCCGCCCGCCCUUCCUCUGCUGGCCUCGCUUCAACGCCCGGAAGCUGCAGGAGGUGGCCGCCCGGGCCCCUCCCAUGUGCUACCCCAUCCUGGUCCUGAGCCCCCGGCCCAAGAACUUCAAUUGUCCGGCAGCAGGCCGGAGGCUCCAGUGAAUGGCUGGGGGGACCCCGGGACCGUGGGGUGGACAGAAGGGGGGCCGAGGGUCCAGCUGGGAAGCCGCAGCCACUGAAGAGGGGAGCGCGGAGGGGCGGGGGGCCAGGAGGGGAGGUGGCAUGCGGCCGGGAGCAGCUGGGAUCAAGGAGGUGGCGGGUUUGGAUGGUGUGGAGGGGCAGGGAGGGGGCUGCAUCGGGGUAGAGCGUGGGGACUUCGGGGGUGGACUCCUGGGGAGACAGACCGUACACGAGUCUGCCCUGAGGCUGGGGCUGCAUGCGUGACCCUGCAGGGCAGGGCCAGCCUGAGGGUCCGCACGGGGCUUGGGGCAGGGCGUGCAGAAGGUGGUCACCAG